AUGGUUGGAAGCAUCGAUUGUAUGCAUUGGGUUUUGAAGAAUUUCCCCACAGCUUGGAAAGGUACUUUUAACGAUCUUAAUGGUCUUGAUCGAUCUCCUGUUCUUGAUGAUAUACUUUAUGGUGAAGAUCCACAAGUUACCUACUACGUUAAUGGCAGAGAGUACAAUUUGACUUACUAUCUGACAAACGGUAUUUAUCCGAACUGGGCAACUUUUAUUCAAUCCAUACCACUACCACAUAGUCCAAAAGCAUCUUUAUUUGCUGAACGCCAAGAAGGUGCUCGAAAAGAUGUUGAGCAUGCCUUCGGUGUCCUACAAGCUAGAUUCGCCGUAAUUAAAAAUCUAUGUCUUUUAUGGGAUGAAGAUAAAGUCGGAUUGAUUAUGAGGGCUUGUAUCAUACUCCACAAUAUGAUUGUUGAAAAUGAACGAGAUGAAUACACUCAAGCUAACGUUUCUGAUUUCCCACAAGGAGAUGAUGUGGAUAUUUCAUAUUCUAUCGAUAUGGCUUCAAAUAUCAGCAAUGUACUGAAUGGUCGAAUAAUAAUUCGUGAUAGAGAAGUGCAUGACCAAUUGAAGCAUGAUUUAGUUGAACAUUUAUAG